GAAUGAUAGCAAGCAAAAUAGUGCGAAGUCUCGUGUAUGUUUAGCGCAUUCUUAGUCGCAGGGAAAGGCUAAAUCCCUUCGUCAACGCGUCCGAUAAUUGUGGCUUGUACGUAAAGAAACGCAGCUCCUCCUGGAGUACACAGGAUAGCGUCAGCGAGGAGGGACAACAGAAGGUCCUGUGAUUAUAUCGUUUACAGGAAAAGGGCUUUCCCUCGUCCAUACAUCACUGCACUGUACACUGGUGUAGAGAUGCAGGUUCAUGUAGCGCGACCAAGCAAGAUUAUACAGCUCGCCCCUGUACAGAUGACGACAUGUUUCUUUCGAAGGUUAGUCCGCGCCAGUCUCCACAGCAUUUUUGAUCCGCUGCCCUUGGAUCUCAACCCUCACCGGGGUAACGAGUCUAAACUAAAUUGAGCUGGAACAUAUACAGAUGUAGGCAGGGAAACUUCAAGAAAACCUAGAAAUAUUUUCUGAUCGUACAUUCCAUUCUAGUAGUCGACAAUUCGUCCCUCGGUCUUACCGUACCAGAACAUGUCCUUUGUAUUUGUACUUGUUUGGAUACUGUAUUGAUGGAGGUGAUGUACGAAUUUUGAUGUGGAGUAUAUUCCAAGGGUGAUGCGAUCAGGAUUUCAGGAAACUUAAUGAUCCCGAGUCGGGUAGGAAGACCCAGUCGGCUAGGCUAGGUGCUUGCAGUGAGAUGUAAGAUGGC